AUGCAUAUACUGUACCUUCUCAAUGACAUCCUUUACCAUUGCAAAUACCGAGCCAACGAUGCAUCUGUUUGUGGCAAGAUUCAACCUGUAUUGGUUAAUCUCCUCGGAAGCACAGCAUCGUUUAAAGAUUGUCCGAAGCACCAGCAAAAGAUCCAAGAUUUACUUGAUUUAUGGGAAGAAAAAGGAUAUUAUUCCAACGAAUACAUCGGAAAGCUGCGUGAAGCUGCAAAAAUCGCUUCAGAGGUCGGACAAUUCACAGAAGAAUUGAUUGGGUCUACGGAAAACGGAGAGCAAGGACUUGGACCGAAGUUAAGCAAGACCGCACCAUUUGUUAUGCCAGCAAUGCAUGGAGAGGCAUCGAUGCCCUGGUUCGACUUGCCCGCUGGAAAUUUGAUGCCACAUAUCGUUCCAAACUCAACCAGACCGAUAAAUCCAGACAUGGUCAAGCCAUUACAGUUUGUUGCCGGACCCGCGGAUGAAGAACUUGUCAUCGCCGUGAAGGCUCUUCUAGAUGAUGUUCAAACUAUUUUUGGUGCAGAUCCUAGUCAAGAUGAAAGAAAUGUGUGUGAUGUGGACGAACUCGGUCAGCCAAUUAUCCUGGACGAGAUUACCGGCGAAAUAAUCGAUGGAGAGGGUUACUAUGGGUGGUCAAGAGUAUUUUGCGAGAAGAUGAAGAGACGGCGCAAGGGACUCGAACCUAUUAGUGAGCGCGGCCAACACAGUCAAAGUAGAAGCUUGAGUCCUCAGAGAAAACGGCGCCAUAGUGAAUCAGAGGGGUCCGAGGAAAGCUCGAGGAGUCGCCGGCGACGACGCUCAUACAGCUCUUCGCGUUCGCCAUCCCCUGAUUACGAAAGACAUGCCAAGCACAAUGAAUACUCUAGAUCAAAUUCAAGGGGCAGGAGACAAGAUUACGGUAAAGCGGACGACAAUGGAAAAGAUCAUGGCGAAGAUGAUUCUCCCAGUCGACCUACAGGAAACGCAGAACUACAAAUGCCUGAGACUUACAAUGCGGCCGUACCUAUUCAACAGAGCGGUUUCCCUUCAAAUCAAACAUAUACGAAUCCACCACCAAUGCCGUAUCAGCCGUACCAGCAAGGCUUCGUUCAAGCGUUCCCUCCAAAUCUUGCUCAAUAUCAAGGUUCAAUGCCGUGGCCACCGCCUCCUCCUCCAGGACAUCCACCGUUCCCAAACAUGCCUUUCAACCCUGUUAAUCCGCAAUGGCCUCCACCACCUCCUCCAUCACCCAACGUUCCUUCAAAUUUUCAACAAACUGCGGGAGGCUAUCCUCCUGGGCCCACAGGUUGGCAACCGCCGGUACAGGGGGGUCAAGGGAGAGGCUACCACAGAGGAUGGAAUAAUUCCUAUGGAGGGCAAGGCAGGGGUGGCAGAGGAAAUUUCAGGGGAAGAGGUUGGUCAUGA